GUGCAGCACAAUUUCAUGUAGCAAAAUUCUGUGUUAAAUUCGCCAGGACGUACAUAGUCAGCCACUUAUUAAGAUAAACGGACCUAUUCAUCAAGAUUCAAGACAAAUGAAAUAAUGGCGAAAUGGUGAACUUAUCCUGAAAAGUAUGUUCGUGAUGCAUCGUGGUUGGUGAAUAGAAGGAAAUGGACAGUAACGAUAUCUCGGCCUAUUCGUCGGUGAUCAGAGAGUGGCAAGGAGGAAGUUUUCGUGGCAGAAGUGGAAGAAGAAAAAAGAAACGACAAAAGCCAUGGAGCGAAAGAAUCGCAGAUUGGACAAGAGCCUUUAUAGCCUUUCUGUUUAGCAACGUUGGCAUCGUGUGCCUAGUGGUCAGUUACACUAUUGCGGGUGCAUUUCUCUUCCAGUUUAUUGAAGGAAAAAACAGCCUCAAAAAAGCCAGUCACGUACUCAAUUUAAGAAACGACACUGCUUUCCGCCUUUGGGAACUCACGUCUCAGCUCAACGUUUUUUCGGAGAGGUCCUGGAAAGAGAGAGUUCGUGCAGAGCUUCAAAAUUACCAGAAAGAGAUCGUGAGUGCAAUAAAAAACGGAUACGACGGAGUGGAUUCUCUCGAAGGGAGCAAGCAAUGGAGUUUCGCCGGUGCUUUUCUCUACUCUCUCACCGUCAUUACGACUAUCGGUUAUGGGAACACCUGUCCUAGGACCAAAUGGGGUAAAGUGGCGACGAUAGUGUACGCCAUUGUUGGAAUGCCUCUUUUCCUCCUCUACCUCAGCAACAUAGGCGACAUUCUCGCCCGAAGCUUCAAGUGGACCUAUGCCCGUUGUUGUCUCUGCAGAUGUCGCAGAAGACCUCGAGGAUCUGCUCCUCCGCCUCCUCGAGAACCGGUAGCCAGAAGAAACCACUGGCAAAUGGUAAAUGUCCAUGGUGGUGAAAUGGACACUUCAAGUUUGGACCAAGAAAACAGUUCCAAUACAGGAGAAAAUGAUGAAGAAGAAGGUGGUGAGGAUGAUGAUGAUGAUGAUACCGAAAGCAAGUAUGAUCCUCAAAGCGUAACUGUUCCUCUUACUAUCUGCUUCGCCAUUAUGGUGGGGUAUGUAUGCGGAGGUGCUUUACUCUUUUCCGAAUGGGAGACCUGGGAUUUUCUCGACGGAUCCUACUUUUGUUUCAUAUCUCUCUCCACUAUAGGCUUCGGCGACAUUGUACCUGGUGAUAUGAUCUAUUCGGGGCAGGGCUUCGAAUUGUCUUUCGUUUUCUGCUCUAUGUACCUGAUGCUGGGCAUGGCGUUGAUCGCCAUGUGUUUUAACUUGAUGCAAGAGGAAGUGAUCGCCAAGAUGCGUACUUUCGUUCGCACAGUAAAGCACAUGUUCAGGUGUGACAGGUGACGAAAAAUAAGUGGUUGCUGUGAGAGGUGCUCCCAUGAAAGAUUCCCAACCCUCGACACGUCAAAGGAUAUCAGGAAAAUUAUUGAUGUUACUGGUAAGCACAAUCAUGCUGGUGAUCUGGUGUUUGUUGCCGCAAAAAAAGCUAAAGACGCUAUCAAGAAAAAGCUGCCAAGAGUAGUAAUAGCAGUGCCGCUGUGGUUUUACGUGUAUUAGCACGGUUGCAUCACCUGUUCGCGCACAGUUACCCAAAGUGAGAUCUUUGACUCGUACUGUUGGAAGAUUGAGGCAGCAUGAUUGCAGUACUCCUUCUGUAAAUCCACCUUCGUUAGAUGAGUUAGUUAUACCACCGCUUUAUCAGAGGACUAGCAGUAAU